UCUGAACUCUCCCAGUUCUCCACUCUCUUGACAUUUGUUGUUUUGACCACAGUGUUGUCAAUGAAAAUUGAAACCUUUUUUGCCAAAACCUACUAGAUUUUCUGUUUUCUAAUUAUUAGUAAUUAAAUUUCUUUAUUGAGUUUUCCUUUUUUGUGUUUAAACCGUAUUUGCCAAAGUGUUUCUCGUUUCUUUCAAGUUUUCCUUACAUUGUAUUUAUACAUACGGCAUAGUAUACCUCUUUAUUUUGUGAAGACAUAUUUUGUGAUAACUAAGUACUUGUGUUCUUUAAAGAUUUUUGUUGGGCUAUAUUUUAAAACCAUGUCUCUCUAUCCGUCACUUGAGGAUAUGAAGGUGGACAAUAUGAUACGAGCUCAAAUGGCUCAGCAACAAACGGCUCCACCCUUUCAGCCUGUAUCUCACCAACAACCGAACGUCGCUGCUCCAAGUGCACCCCGACAAGUUUAUCCGGCUCUUGGUGAUUAUAUGGGGCUGGAAUUAUCCCAAGAUGUAAUUGCUUUGAACAUGCCAGAGUAUCAAGUACAAGUUGCGCAGCCUGGUACUGGAGCUAGCAAUAUUGUUGCACCAUUGUCGUACCAAUCACCAAGUCUUUCGAAAGCUGUUGUGUCUGGAGCUAUUCGUCAGGUGAUACUAUGCAAAGAUAGGGAUGGCAAAUGUGGAUUGCGACUUCACUCUGUUAAUAAUGGAGUAUUUGUUUGCUAUGUUGCUGCUGGGAGCCCAGCUGCAUUGGCUGGCUUAAGAUUUGGUGAUCAGAUUCUUGAAAUUAACAAUGUGUCCCUUGCUGGUAUGACAAUGGAACAAUGCCAUGCCAUUUUGAAGAAAUCUGGCCCCAAUGGAAUCACUAUGGCAGUGCGUGAUAGACCUUUUGAGAGGACAAUAACUCUCCAUAAAGAUUCACUUGGUCAUGUUGGCUUCCAAUUUAAAGAUGGAAAUAUUGUUGGGCUUGUAAAGGAUUCAUCAGCCGCUCGCAAUGGUCUCCUCACCGACCACCAAAUACUUGAAAUAAAUACUAUCAAUGUUGUAGGCAUGAAAGAUAAAGAGAUAUCAAAGGUUAUUGAAAACAGCCCUUCUGUUGUGAAUGUAACUGUAAUUCCCCAGUACAUCUACAAACACAUGAUAAGCAAGAUGUCAAGUUCUCUCUUCAAGGAAUUGGACCGUACACCCGCCGUUUAAAGACUACUACUACAAUUUUGACCCCCAUUUAUAUUUUGAAUUUUGAAUGUCACGAAUUUGUUGUAGUUGCACAUUUUGUACUCUUUUUAUAUUAACAUACAUUUUUAUUCUUUAUUGAAUUUUCGUCCAUACAAUAAGUUAUAGAUUAUAUUUCUUUAGAAUUUAAUUAGUCAGUAAGGGCUGUGAGUUACAUUAUUGCAAGUGAAAAUGUUUGAUUAUUCAUGAGAUUUUAUUAUUCAACAUUAACACAUAUUGUGACUGAUUUUCUGUCGUAUUAUAAUAUUAUUGUAAUGAUAACAUCACUGCAAUGAUUUAAUUUUGUAGAAUCAUAGACAAACAAUAUUAAUUACAUACAAUAUUUAAUAUAUGAUCUAAAUGUGUUUCAUAAAUAAUAAAUAAGAUAAGUAGACAAAUUUUAAGUUGACACUUAACUAUUUGCAUUUACAAAUUACAGCAUAGAAAAAAAAUAAUUGAAUUUAAUCGAAAUGAUUUAUAUUAAAAUAGUGACAUGCAUUCCUAAAAUAUAACAUACAUAUUGUUUUUAUUAAAUGUUGAAUAAUAUUUGAGAUUUCUACAGAUUUCUUUAGCUUGUACUCUGUAUACACUAUAUUUUAUAGCACAGAAAAAAACGUACUGUUAAGGCCAAAUAUUAUCUUAGAUAUAAGUUAAAUGUAAACAUGUAUCCAAAAUUGUUUCGUACCUAUGUUUAGAAAUUAUUUAGUUUAGUACACAUCUUUUCUAUAUGUCAUUUUUAUGAAUAAAUUUUAUGAAAAUUA